AGGUUGUUUUUUUUUCUCAACAUCAGUAACACCAACCAACCGGUUUGUCAAGGGCAGUUCUAUUCCCAUCAAUUGCUGUUCAUUGUCUGGGGGGGGGGGGCGUCUUUGAGAAUUUCUGCAUUUCUUGCCAACCCUCGUCAGUUUCCUCCUCACAAGCGUUGGUCAUUUUCCUCACACGCAGGUGCCAUGACCCAGGCGGCGGCGGUGGCGGCGGCGUCUUCUGGUGCCGCGGGGCCGACACCAAGUGCGGGCCGCGGUGCGGCGGCUGCCGAUGACGUCGCGGCAUCCAGACCACCGAUCGCAGCUCAGGACCGCAAGGCGGCCAGCCCGGAGGAACCAGCGAGAGGCAGUCCCGGCCGAUCGCAAUCCGAGUCGAUCGUAGCCCCGCCACCUCCGUGGCCCUUUGCCCCGUGCGAGAGCUCCGCCCCGCAGCGGCCCUCCACCGGCGUCUCGGCGGCUUUUAUCACCCUCAAGCGGAACGAGGACGCCGAUGACGUCCGCCGGCAUGCUGAGGCGGGUCAAUCGGGGGGCCGCUUGGCGCAGCCCGACUCGGACGGCCUCCUGCUGAGGGAGACUUCCACCGGGCUCUCCGCUUCGGAGGAGCUGGCGGAAGAGGCGCCCGAAAGGGAACGGAGGCGGAAGCAACACGAGGAGGAGAAGAGGCGACUGCUGGCGGAGGAGAAGAGGCGACUCUUGCGGGAGCAGGAGGAGCUGAGGAAGCUGAAGGAUCGGAGGAGGCGCGAGGAGGAGCGGCUGCUCCGGGAGAAGCGAGAGCGGGACGACAGGCUGCGGCGAGACGAGGACGGCAAGAGGAAGAGAGAGCAGGCGGCCGAAGAGGCCAGAAGGAGAGAGGAAGAGAAGAGCCUGCGGCGGGCCCGCGAGGAGGAGCCCGGACUCGUGACGGUGAGGGAGGAGGCAGAAGAAAGGCGGCGGAGGAGGGAGGAGGAGGUGCGACACGUGCUGGAACGAGAGGAGGAGAGCAAGAUCGGGCGGAGGGAGGAGGAGGCCGACGAAGAGGAGACAAAGAGAAGGGAUGAGGAGGAGAGGGCGCGGGAAAAGAACGAGGCUCCAACAUUGGGAGAUGAGAAAGCCGGUUGGCAGAAGGAGGAGGAGAGGGAGGAGGAGCGAGAGAGGCGCCAAGAGGAGAGCAAGAUCUGGGUGGAAAAGGAGCCAGAGUUGGGAAGAUUCCAAGAGGAGAAAGGGGGGGCGGAGGAGGAGAAGAAGGAGGGAGAGGGGGUGGGCCGGGAGGAGCAGGGAGAGUGGGGGGCGCAGAGGUCGAGGGAGGAGAGAGAGGUAGAGGGCAAAAAGUGGGAGGAAGAGGCGAAAAGGAAGGAGGAGGAGGAGCUAAAGAGAAAGGCCGACGAGGAGAGAAAGAAGACGGACGAGGAGGAGCGCGGAGCCAGCGAGAUGGAGAAGGAAGAGCAGACGUUGAGGGAGGAGAGAGAAAGGAUGGAGGGCAAAAAGAGGGAGGAGGAAGAGGUGAGGAGGAAGGAGGAGGAGCUAAAGAGCAAGGAGGACGAGGAGAGAAAGAAGAGGCACGAGGAGGAGCGCGGAGCCAGGGAGGCGGAGAAAGCCAUGCAGACCUUGAGGGACCAGACAGAAAGGAUGGAGGGCAAAAAGAGGGAGGAGGAGGAAAGUGAGAGAGAGGCGCUCGGAUCUAGGGAGGGGAAAGAGGGGAAGAGAAUGGAAGAGGAACACGGCAGGAGGGUGCCGGCGGACACAGGCGCGCCGCCAUCCGAGGAGGAGAGGAGAGGCAGCGAUGAAAGCCGGAAGGAGGAGGAGGAGGCCAAGCCCAGCCGUGGCGGGCGCCGCCUCCCUCUGCUGGACAGCGGCGCCCUGCCGGCCCCGGGUCUCGGCCCGCGGGGAGAGACCGCGGCGGCCGAGCGCAGCGGCGAGGCGGCGAUGACGGAGGCGAACCGGCAAAGUUCCCCCGAGGCCCAAGCGGAGGCGUCGCCUUCGGCUCGGGUCGCGCCCCCAGAAGCGGAGCCCCGCCCCGUCGACGCGGCUGCGCUCGGCUUGGUCGCCAGGUUGCGGCUAGCCGCCGAGGAGCGGGAAGAGGAACGGGAGGAGGAGGAGAGGAGAAGAGAAGAAAGGAGGGCGCGCGAGGAGCGGAUGAAGGAAGGGCGGGAGCUACGAGAGAAGGGGAGCGCAGAAGGCGAGAGGAGCAAGGCGGAGGAACAGACGGGCCGAGGAGAGACGCCGGACACGGAAGGAGACCGGGAACGGGAACUGAAAACGAGAGCGAGAGAGCAAGUGAAGAAAGGCCUCCGCAGCCCAUCGGAGGCCGCGGCAGCUCUCCAGGAGGCGGAGCUUGAUGACCUUGUGGACGAGGAGGACGGCGCCGCACGCCUCAGAGCGCCUGAGACCCCAAAUCCCGCCGAUCCUCCCGCUCUUUUGGAGGCCCUCGGCCCCCGCGGUCAUCUGGAGUCUCCUCUAGCUCCUCCCGGUUCCUUUUCUCCUCCCGGCCCUCCGGAGCAACCUCCGGGCUGCGUUGUCCAUCAAGACGACGCCAGCAAGCUCCCGGUUCCCGCCGCGGGCGAGGCCCAACAUGGCGCCGGGUCCGAGCACUCGUCAUCGGGAGAAUACCUGCCGUCGGAGCGGCGCGGCGGGUCCUCGGCCGGCCCGAUCCGAGAGGAGGCCGACGGAAAGGACGCCGCCGUCGACGAGGGCCCGGUGACCUGCAGCCAGUCGCUGCUGCGGUGGUGCCAGGAGGUGACGGCCGGCUACCCGGGGGUCAAGGUCAGCGACUUCAGCGCGUCCUGGAGCGACGGCCUGGCCUUCUGCGCCCUGGUGCAUCGCUUCCACCCGCAGCUCAUGGAUUUUCAGCAGUUGAACGCUCACGACGCGGAAAUCAACAACAAGAAGGCCUUCGCCGCCUUGGAGUCGGUGGGCGUGCCGCGCCUCCUGGAGCCGUCCGACAUGGCGGCGCGUCCCCUUCCGGACCGCCUCAUGGUGAUGACGUACGCCAGCCAGCUGCGCGGACACUUCACCCGCGCACCCCACGGAGGAGGGGCCGCCCUGCCCGUCCCGCCGCCGAGAGCCAAGAGGCCGCUUGAAGGAGAGGCCACGCCUGCCGUGCCACAGGAAGAGGGCGACCUCAUCAAGGAGUCUGCAGCGAGCGCACGGGAGCAUGAAUCAGAGCAUCCCGAAGAAGAAGACAAGACAAUGUACGUGCUCAGCGAGAUGGCGGCGUUGGAGGCGGAGCAAAAGCACAUCGACGGCAGGGCGGCGGUGGGGGAGCGACGUCUCAGGAGCCUCAUGGAAAGCGGAAGCGACCGCGCUGAGGAGGAGCGACUGAUUCAGGAGUGGUUCACGCUGGUCAACAAGAAGAACGCCUUGAUACGAAGACAAGACCGCCUGGAGCUGCUGCAGGAGGAGCAGGACCUGGAGAGACGCUUCGAGCUUCUGACCCAAGAGCUGCGAGUCACGAUGGCCGCCGAAGACUGGCAGAAGUCGUACGCCCAGCGAGAGCGCGAGCAGCUCCUCCUGCGCGAGUUGGUGUCUCUGGUCAACCAGCGCGAUGAUCUCGUCAGGAACAUGGACGCCAAAGAGCGAGGGGCCCUGGAGGAGGACGAGCGUCUGGAGCGCGGCCUGGCGAUGCGGAGGAGGAAGUACAACGACAAGGACAAAUGUGUCCUGCAGUGACACACACACACACACACACACACACACACACAACUGCUGUUUUGCUCAUCACACCACUGUUUUAUUUAUUUGCGUGGAGAUUUUUUUUUUCUGGUCAGUGUGUGUGUGGCUUUGGAAGAAAUGGUGAUGAUGAGCUGGACUCAACCCGGCGGUGGUCAGGAUGCUCACGACCCCCACCGACUCUGAAAUUCUACGUUGUCAUCCGUCUGGAAUUUCAAGUUUCAAAUGAAUGCUUUUAUCCCUUUUGUUCUUGGCUUUUUCCAUCUUUGUGCUCCAGCACGCCCGCGACGUUUGUGAAGAUAAGCGAAUGAGAAAAUGGA